AUGACAGCCAAGAUGGAAACCCUGGAUCCGUCCGCCCUGGAGGCCUCCGCCGUCACCUUCGACCCCAAGUCGGAGGCGGUGACCCUACCGGGAGGCGUGGUCUCGGUGGCGGGCGUCACCGUGGUGACCGGCGGCGUGGAGCUGUCCUGCAGCUCCUGCAUGCUGGCCUUCGGCUUCUGGGGGACGCUGAUCGGCUUCAGCUGCGUGGCCGUGGGCCUGUGGGACCAGCUGAGCCAGUCCGCCGGCGGGACCUCCCACCUGCUGGCGCUGGGCUUCGUCAUCCUGGCCCUGAGCUUCGCGGUGGCGGCAAGCGUGGCGGCGUUCCACCUGCUGACCCGGAAGAGGAGGGAGAUGACGCGGGAGGCGAGGGAGGACGGGAAGGAGGUUCUGGUGGAGAGCGAGAGGGUCAUAAAGAAGGUGACGGUGUAG